AUGGGCAAGUCCGGCGCAAAAAAGAAGAAGCCGGCCGCCGCCGCCGCCGCCGCCGCAAAGCCGCCGCCCACCUCGGCUGAGCUGAAGGCGCCGCCGCCCUCGUCAUCUUUACCCGCGGCGAACGGCGGUGCGGUGCCUCACCAGGCGGUGGACGCCGGCGUCCUCCUGCGCCGCGCGCACGAGCUCAAGGAGGAGGGCAACCGCCUGUUCCAGUCGCGCGACUACGCCGGGGCGCUGCGCCAGUACGAGCUGGCGCUCCGCCUCGCCCCGCGCGGCCACCCCGACCGCGCCGUCUUCCACAGCAACCGCGCGGCGUGCCUCCUCCAGCUCCGCCCCGUGGACCACGAGGCCGUCGCCCAGGAGUGCUCCCUCGCGCUCCAGGCCGAGCCGCGCUUCCCGCGCGCUCUCCUCCGCCGCGCCCGCGCGCUCGAGGCGCUCGGCCGCCACGAGCUCGCCCUCGCCGACGCGCUCGCGCUCCUCGCGCUCGACCCUGACCACCGCGACGCCAUCGACCUCUCCUACCGACUACGCGCCCGUGUCAACGCGUCCUCGGCUGCCUCCGCUUCCUCGGCACCCGAGCCCACCAGCCGGCCCUCCCCCGCUGCCCUUGGUGCCUCCGCCGUUGUCGCCGGACUUGGCCAUUCCCUCCCCGCUCGCCCAUUCCCUAAGAAACAACCACCACCAGCCCCUCCUGCUACUUUGCAGCCAAAUCUCGCAGUGAUGUCAAAAUCUAACCCAUCACCGUGGCCCAAGCUUGUGCCUUUCUCCAAUUCCCCGCCAUCUUCAUCCAAGCCUUCGGCUGCAGAUAGCUCGGAGAAGGCCAUGACGCUGCCAGUGGCCUCUUUGUUACCGGCAACAGUGGAACCACUUAUAAAUAAAAAGGUUGUGACGAGAUGGAGGCCUCUCAAACUGGUGUACGACCAUGACAUUAGGCUUGGGCAGGUUCCAGAGAAAUGCUGCUUCCGUACACUUCGGGAGUUUGUAGCAAAGAGGUUCCCAUCAUCCAAGGCAGUGUUGAUUAAGUAUAAGGAUGUUGAUGGUGAUCUAGUUACCAUCACAUCGACGGAAGAGCUCCGGUUAGCUGAAUCAUUCAUUGAUAAAGUUGGCCACGAGGUUGUAGAAAAUGGGAGGGAGGGUGACAAUAAACUCCCGGUGUUGAGGCUGCACCUUGUUGAGGUGAGCCCAGAACAGGAACCAACUUUGCCAUCAGAAGAGGAGAAGUUGGAGGAGGAUGAGGAGUUGUUGAUCAAUGGUGAAGAUAGCACUUUGAAUACUUCUGCAGUGGUAACCAACGCUGAGGUGAUAAAGCAAGAUGUCGAGAACGGAGUUGCUGAGCAAAUUAUGGAGACAGGAAAGAAGGAUUGUGGCCAUGCUGAGUGCAAGGAAGCUGAGAUUGAUGAUUGGUUGCUUCAAUUUGCAGAAUUGUUCCGGAACCAGGUGGGGAUUGAUGCAGAUGCGCAUCUGGACCUGCAUGAGCUGGGCAUGGAGCUGUGCUCCGAGGCUCUUGAGGAAACUGUGACAAGCGAGGAGGCUCAGGCCCUUUUUGAGAUGGCUGCUUCUAAAUUUCAGGAGGUUGCUGCCUUGUCCUUAUUCAAUUGGGGAAAUGUGCACAUGUGUGAAGCAAGGAAGCGCAUCCCUCUCGAUGAAUCUGCUCCAAAGGAAGUCAUGGCUUCUCAGCUCCGCACAGCUUAUCAUUGGGUGAAGGAGAGGUAUGCUCUUGCAGGGCACAAGUAUGAGGAGGCCCUUAAAAUCAAGCCAGACUUCUAUGAAGGGCUUCUUGCUUUAGGCCAGCAACACUUCGAGACUGCAAAGCUUCAUUGGUCAUUUGCACUGGCAGAUAAGGCUGACCUAUCUACCUGGGAUUCUUUGGAGACAUUCAAGCUUUUUGAUAGCGCUGAGCAUAACAUGAGGGCUGCAACAGAGAUGUGGGAGAAGGUGGAAGAACAGAGAAUGGCAGAGUUAAAAGAACCAGGUGCAGGUGACAAGGAUGAGGUACUGAGGAAAAGGCAGCACGGUGCAGGUGGUCAACCGGAGUUGACACCAGAAGAGGCAGCUGAGCAGGCAGCAGUAAUGAGGCAACAGAUUCACCUCUUCUGGGGUAAUAUGCUUUUCGAGCGUUCUCAAGUGGAGUUUAAGCUCAGUGUCGGUGACUGGAAGACAAAUCUUGAUACAUCUGUUGAAAGGUUUAAGUUGGCUGGAGCUUCAGAAUCAGAUAUUUCGACAGUGUUGAAAAAUCACUUUUCUAAUGCAGCCACUGAGUGUGAAGAGAAGAAAGUCAUGACUUCAGGCACAGAAAUUUCACAAACAAAUGACAAUGUUGAGGAUAAGUGUGUGGUUGAAACCUAA